AUGUACCAGCAAUGGCUUUUUGCCUUGUACCACAGAUCAAAGACAGGCUGUCUGGCCCAAGAUGUGACGAUCACCUGGGGUUCUUUCGCGCCGAAGGAUCGCGGAAUUUUGCUCGAUGAUCUGUCCUACGCACUGCGGUCCUCUCGCGGCAAUGAUUGUUCGACGGAUUUGAAUGGCGCCAUCGACCAAAGAUGCCAGUUGAUCUUGCCCGGAAGACCAGCACGAGGAAUCGGUCGACAGGGGAACUACUCCCCAUGGAUUUCCAAAGGUUGCUUCAUGCUCGAGCUGGCGCUGGAUGUUCAUAAUGAUGCCGAAGUCUUGCUUGCAGCAUGGAUCUCGCUUGGCUUGCUGGUAAAGAAAUGCGAUGACAAGGUCGUGCUCAGUGUCUUGAGCUCCGCGGUUAUGGGCCUUAUUUACCCACUUGUCAACGUGGGCUUGGGGGAUUAA